AGGCGCGCGGGGUUGGUGGGGGGGGGCCGAUGCCGCUGCCCCGGCCGCCCCUCUUGCUCUUGGGGGUCGUACUGGUGUCCUUCGGGCGGGGGCGCUUUUGCGGUUCUCCUGCAAACUCCCUGUGUUAUUCCUACCUGCAUCUGCCAGAGCCCAGCCAGGGGCUGCCCCAUUUCUCCAUUAGGGGCUACCUGGAUGACCAGCCCAUGGCUCGCUAUGAUAGCCUCAUCAGGAAGAUGGAGCCUCUGGUGCCCUGGGUGGAGGAAGAGGACACGUCAUUCCAGGUCCUUGAGUGGGUGAUUGGAAUCGACUUGGAGAAGUUAUCCAAACUGGACCACCAGACUGGAGGGCCUCACACCUGGCAGGCAAUUUUGGGCUGUGAGCUCUGGGAAGACGGGAGCAAAGGAGGGUUUUUGCACUAUGGCUACGACGGGAGGGAUUUCAUCAGCUUCGACAAGGAGACGCUCAGAUGGGUGGCAGCUCAGCCCCAGGCCGAGAAGGUCAAGGAGGAGUGGGAGAUUCAUCCAGGAUGGUCCCAGAGGAAAAAAACCUACCUGGAGGAGACCUGCAUUGAGUGGCUGCAGAGGUACCAGUUGUCCAAGAAGGAGGCUUCUCAGAAGAUCGAGCCCCCAGUGGGCAAGGUGACUUGCAAGGAGGUGGAUGACCAUCUGGAGGUCCUCAUCUGCCAGGCCUUUGGCUUCUACCCCAAGCAGAUCCAGGCCACCUGGACCAGGGACGGAGAGGCCUGCGUGUACGAGACCCUCCCUAGGAACGUUGCCCCCAACUCGGAUGGCACCUAUUAUGUCUGGCUCAGCAUUGAGAUUGACCCCAAGGAGAGGGACCAUUUUCGUUGUCGCCUGGAGCACCAGGGCUUGCAGGAGCCCCUGAUCUUGGCCUGGAAGGAGGAAACAGCUAGAAUAUGGUGGAUUGUUAACGCAAUUGGGGCUUGCACAAUCUUGGCAGCUGGGAUUCUUCUCUUCCUGAUCUGCUGGAAACGCAGGAAAAAACUCCAUCAGGAAGAGACAACUUGUUGUGGUCAAGUUCCUCCAGAAAUGGUUCGUUCUCCCCUAAGUACACAAGAUGAUAUUCAAAUUGAGUGAUACUCCAACAGUUGAUAACGGGUCAUUCUGAUGAGCACGGUAGAGAUGGUGUUUUUCGGCAAGCAAGGCCUUAA